AUGCCUUUCUAUAUCAAAAAUGCCGACAUCGACAUCACUACCCAUGGCAGCGACUGGCUCUGGGCCGUCUUUUCUGUCAUGCUCCUCAGCGCCAUCGGCAUACUCGUCUGGGGCCACGUUGCCAGGCCGCUGGGCGAGCGAGCUUUCCACGAGCUCGCCGCAGCCCUCUGCUUCACCGCCUCGAUCGCCUACUUUGCGAUGGCCUCCGACCUUGGAGACGUCCCUAUCGUCGUUGAAUUCAUCCGUGGUGGUUCACUCGGCCAGAACUGGGUACAGGUUGGCGUCGAGAACCCUACGCGCGCGAUCUGGUACGCCCGUUACAUCGACUGGACGAUCACGACCCCGAUGCUCCUCCUCGAACUCUUGCUCUGCACGGGUCUACCCCUCUCCCAGGUCUUCUCCGUCAUCUUUGCCGACCUCCUCAUGAUUGAGACGGGUCUCAUCGGCGCCCUCGUUGCCUCCCGCUACAAGUGGGGAUUUUACGCAUUCGGCUGCGCGGCCCAGCUUUACAUUUGGUGGAUGCUCCUCGUCCCCGGUCGUCGCUCGGCGCAGCACAUCGGAUCCGACUUUGCCAAGAGUUACACCAUGUCGAACAUCUUCCUCACCACCGUCUGGCUCGUCUACCCCGUGAUCUGGGGUGUCGCCGACGGGGGCAACGUAAUUACCCCGGACUCCGAAAUGAUCGCGUACGGCGUCCUCGACCUCCUCGCCAAGCCCGUCUUCUCCGUCAUCCACCUUAUGUCCCUCUCGAAGCUCGACUAUGCUCGCCUCGGCAUGUCUUCCGGCAAGGUCUCCGACGGUGCCCACCAGACCCUCCUCAACGAGAAGAUGGGCCCGAACUCGGUUGGAGCGACGCCCCGUCCGUCGACCACCGUCGGUUCGCCUACCGCGACUACGCACGGCGACGGUGCCGGCUUCCACCAGCACGGGGCUGCUGCCGCCGUCUAA